CUUCUUUAACUCCGGUGUAUCCAAGUAUCUUCGAACGUGUACGCGGCACACGCGCGAAAAACGGUCACACGAAGUGAGAGUAGACCACGAUGACGUUUCUUCCUACCUACGCUUCUUCGGCCAAGCUUGUGUACGAAGAACGCUUUCGAAGAAAGUUCCAGUUGCCGUGGAACUGUGACACGAUCAUCCGCGAAGCGAAACACUCGGCGUAUUCCAGCAGCGAUCGCAACAAAGUGCUACUACGAAAGGAAUUACUGUCAUCGACCGUUUUAUUCUUUUGUCAGUAAAAUUCAUAACCCGGUCGACGUGAAAGUUGAAAAAUUUAACAUAAACGAAAUAUCUUUCAACAAAUGUUUCCCGUGAUGGGAAAUUCUAAAAAGAGUUGGCAGAGAAAUUUUUCAAAAAUUUGGUAAACGCUAGAUAUUAAACAAGGAAAUAAAGAAAAAAUGAAGAAUUAUAGUACGACGUUUAGGUUGAUGCUUGUUUGCCUUUUUCUUUGCUCUGAAAUUCGCGCAGAGGAUCAAUUUCGAAGGAUUCGUCGUAAAAUCGACGAGGAUCGUUAUUGUAAUUUUGACGAAGCUCGAAGCAAUUAUGAUGCCACGGAUUUAUUAAGGUGUAUCGAUGAAUUGGCUGUCGAUCUCAUCGAUCGAGAAAGUGGCGUGCUAAAAGUAUCCAAUGGAAAAGGUCAAUUGAAUGGAUUCACGGGCAGGCAGAUCUCUUUUAUGGAUGUUUUCUCGAGUGUUUUCAAUAACGCUGCGACGUCGCAUCAGAGCAGCUCCCUUCCGGUGUACCCGAUUUCCGACUAUCAGCAAUCGAAUUAUCCGAGUGAAACCGUCGGUCUUUCUCCUGGAUUCCAACUGAAUCUGCUCGAUACGCUGUCCACGAUAUCCAGCCACGAUGACUACAAGUGUGUGCCCAGGAUACUCUGCGAGAUGGCCAGCGGAAAACUUCCUGGAAGAUCGUUAGGCAAACAGAGCUUCAGCUCCUUUGAGUUGUUUGGUCGAAAUGUUUUCACGGACUGGCUAACGAAAAUCGAUGUCGAUGGAAUGUCUCCAUUGCUGAACUUUGGUAGAGCGAUGAUUCUUGGGUAUAGCAAUCGUGGAAAUUCUGUGGCCUGCUACGAAGCGUUUCCAAAAUGUCCAAGAGACAUGAAUGGAUUGAUUUACUAUCUGAAUAACUAUAAUGGAGGCUUUUUCAAUCUUUUCAACAGGAUUCGGGGUGGAAAAUAUAGGAUGUCUAACGGAGAUCCUGGUCAGCCAGUUAAUGAUUAUUCGAAGAUUGAAGUGAGGGAAAGAAUAGUCGCUGGAAGCUCGACGAAACACAUUCGGGAUGAACCAGUACGAAAUACGGUUCAAUUCCCAUCUAUAAAAUAUCAAGAAUAUUAUGCAAAGAGAGAGUAUCCAAGAUUUGAUUCGAUAAGAAAUUACAAUGCGAUUACUUUUCCUGAUCAAAGAGAAUUAAGCAUCGAACCAACGAAUAGUUUACAGGAUGACGUUCCAAAAUCGGAACCGUACGUUUGGCAAAGAGACAACGUUGCAUUUUUUCCCAAAGAGAACGAAGACAGAAGAUUCUCUCAAUUUCGAUUCCCCUCGAGUUUUACAAUCGCACCGUCGUAAUCCCAAAUUGUAGAUAAAACAUUGAAAUACGUAACUAAAUACCUCAGUGAAUCCAAUCCAUAUAAUUAAAUAAAGGCUUCCAUAAAACACAUAAAAUUAUAGAAUAUUCUAAACUCCUUAACUCGUCUUCGGGGGAUUACGACCGCGAUAAAAUAUCGAAUUUCAAUUUUGCAUCGCAUAAACCAGGCGCCUUCCGUCGUGCGUUGCGAAUUUGCGGAUUAUCUGCGGCGAGAGAACCGCUGCAAAGACGCGAUACAGGUUUCCGCGAGGCAACGUCGUUUAUUUCGUCAGCGUUGCUCCCAUCGGCAAUUUUCUAUCCACCUGUACGCGAUGUGCUCAUAACAGGAAGUCCCGAGUCGCCGGUGAACGCGAUGUUACUGGCGCGGACGCCAUUUGUGGAAACAGCAUGGGGCGCCGUUAGAGUACCGACAACUUGUCCAAUGAAUCUGUGCCCGAGUAUGAGCCGCUUUAUGUCUCAGUUACGCGGCACGAUAAAUUGUAUUUUAUCUCGAUUCGAUUUCCUGCUUGCUACCGCUGCAUUUGUAUGCGUGCUCGCAGGUGUGAGACUUUUUCAGGGGCAACGAAGGACGAUGAAAGAAAGCACGGGCAAUCUAGAGUAACAUAUAAGUAAUAUAAACGGAAGAUAAGUUAAUAGAAUUAUAUAUAUAGGUAGAAGGAAGAUGCUAUAGUAAUAUUUGAUUACUUGUGGAGUAAAUUAUUAAUUGGUCGUGACGUUGGAAUUUAUUAAACUCGGCUGUUUAGGAUAAUAUUGUGAAGAAGUUAAUUACGAAAGAAUGGAAUUUGAAGAAAUACAGAUGCAUGAGAAUUUAACCAUAGUAAUGUUGACAAUAGUAAUUAAUUGUAACAAAUUGAGUUAGGAUAAUUUGGUGCGGCUAUGAAGUCACAAUAUCGAGUAAUAAAUGAAUUACCA